CUGAUAGAGUACGUCGCGAUCUCUCUCUGACAAUAGGAUAUGACCUACAGAAUGAUCGUAAUAUAGUCUCAUUAAGAAUAUUACAUAUUUUUAUCAGCUCUUCCAAAAUGGCAAAGUUCGUAACGUUGCUUUUGUACGUCCUGUGCGGCUUAGUUCAAGUUAUCAUUGCACAGCAGCAGCAAUCACGGGAUAGAUCGGGUCAGUGGAGGCAAAGGAUCCAGUGGCAAAACAAUGGACAGGUAUAUAGUUUAUUUAGCACUGGUUCCGAGUAUCAGCCACCUGCAAGGGCGCAAUCCAGGGUGUUCCUGAGUUCCCGAAACGAUGCCGGCCGACUGUCCUCCCCUGGAAGAACGCAAAGAGCCGGGUCAGGAGCAACAAGUGCUGGGCGACAGACCAGAGAACAAGCGAACUAUUUAUCAAGCCCAGGGGCUAAUGCUCCGGGGAGGGAGAGUAGGCAAAAUAUUGCGGCCAACAGCCGUGUGCCUGGAGCCAGAAUUCAAACGGCGCCAUCUCAACGGCAAGCGCUCACGGGUCCUCCAGGGGCGCGCCGUUAUGUACCAGAGUACACGUACAGGACCAAUUUCAGCACCCAUGGGAUACCGCCUGACUUUUCAGGUAGCGGUGUGCCCAGGCGUGGAGGCAACCCCGCCGUUGAAGAUAACAGUGCGAGAGGGACAUAUCAAUCAGGUGCUGUCGCUAAUCAAGAAGUUGCAUUGGAGGAGCCAACCUCUUUCUCAAACCCAGACUUGACCCCCCAGAGACUCCCAGGGCCGAACGCAAACAGGGAGGAAUUGCCAGUCGACGCGACGGCUACCACCGACGAAAUGGUCAAUGAUGAUCCCCGGAACCCUCUGAAAAACCAUAGAAAUAAUAUUUUUUACAAUGCACAUCCUUCCAGACCAGCACCCAGAGCGCGCCGUCCGCCGCCUGGGACGGGAUACGGCACCCGAUAUUUCCACAAUGGUCUUCCGGACCUUGUACCUGACCCGUACUCCAUCCAGUCAGGUACAUAUAUUCAGCGUGUGCAGAUGUAUGCGCUCCGCUGCGCUGCAGAAGAGAAUUGUUUGUCACGGUCGGCAUAUAGACCCAGUGUGAGGGACAUAGACUACAGGGUGCUGCUGCGCUUCCCACAGCGAGUGAGAAACCUAGGAACAGCCGAUUUCCUUCCAACGAAGCCCAGGCACCAGUGGGAAUGGCACAGCUGCCAUCAGCACUAUCAUAGUAUGGAUGCCUUCAGUAAUUAUGAUCUCCUGGAUGCGCUAGGCAGGAAAGUGGCAGAGGGACACAAAGCCAGCUUCUGUCUGGAGGACACAGGCUGUGACGCUGGCUUCCGCCGGCGGUAUGCCUGCACCACACACACACAGGGAUUGAGUCCUGGUUGCUACGACACGUACGCUGCUAACAUUGACUGUCAGUGGAUUGAUAUUACUGACGUUCCACCCGGGAGCUACGUUCUCAAGGUCACAGUCAACCCCAAUUUUCUAGUGCAGGAGUCAGAUUUUUCCAACAACGUGGUGAGAUGUGAUAUUAUAUAUUCCGGCUCUCACGUACAGACACGAAACUGCCGAAUUACCAGGAGCUAGACAAUCUGGAGGGGAGAGAGCUGAGCUCAGCUGCUGGGAACAAAAAUGGUUCCUGGAGGCUUUGCUGGUGAGAUAUAUAUAUAUUGUUAUAGCUCCUGUUUUGAUUUGUCCACAAGGACUUUGGAACUGCCAAUUUUGAGGCAGCACCAUUUUUAUGGGUGUUUUUAAUGGGAGUGCUUUCAGCCUAAACUUGACACAUGACUAUGAACGAACAGAAGGUUUUCCAUAAAUAUUUUUUGCACCAUAGGUUACUGCAGUGCAGCAUACAUUCUGUCAUUUUCUUGCCAAGGAAAAAAACUGAAAUGAUGGAAUAUAACUUGCUUUUAUAACGAGGAAAUGUUGUCCUUACACCAGGGUGCGAAUGCUAUGUGUUAACAAAUAAGCUUGUUUGUCUUUUGUUAAUUGCCCGUCAUUGCUUGAAUAUGUAUUUAUUUCUCUUUUGUAUUUUUAAUACUGAAUGGAUCCUUUUUAAUUUAUGUAUGAGAUGAAGCACCAUGACAGCCUCAAUUGUUGCAUUUAGUAUAAAACUUAAUUAUUAUUAUUAAGUGAAUUUAGUAUUUUCCUUUAAACCACUUGGCAGUAAUAAAAACAGUAACAUAAGUUCAAAGUUCCAUUCAUUACCAAUGUCACAUGUAAGGACUACGUCUUCGUCUUAUGUCUAUAUAAUUACACAAGCUCAUGUAAUAAUUCAUUUUAAGAUGUACUGUAAUGUUUCGAGGCUCUGGAUUCUCACUGGAUACGUUGUAUUUUGCCAUAUUUCUUUUGUCUUGCUUGCCGUCAAUAAACA